AUGGUGGCAGACUUCGGAGAGGACAACUCCCUCUACAUCACUAAGGUGACCACCGUCCACGUGGGCAACUACACGUGCCACGCCUCCGGCCAUGAGGAGCUCUUCCAGACCCACGUCCUGCAGGUGAAUGUGCCACCAGUCAUCCGCGUGUAUCCAGAGACCCAGGCACAGGAGCCCGGCAUGGCAGCCAGUCUGAGAUGCCACGCAGAGGGCAUUCCUAUGCCCAGAAUCACUUGGCUGAAAAAUGGCAUGGAUGUCUCCACCCAGAUGUCAAAACAGCUUUCCCUAUUAGCCAAUGGGAGCGAACUCCACAUCGGCAAUGUUCGGUAUGAAGACACAGGGGCGUAUACCUGCAUCGCCAAAAACGAAGUGGGCGUGGAUGAGGAUAUCUCCUCACUUUUCAUCGAAGACUCGGCUAGAAAGACCCUUGCAAACAUUCUGUGGCGAGAGGAAGGCCUCAGUGUGGGGAACAUGUUCUACGUCUUCUCUGACGAUGGCAUUAUCAUCCUGCACCCCGUGGACUGUGAAAUCCAGAGGCACCUCAGACCCACGGAGAAGAUCUUCAUGAGCUACGUAAGUGUCCGUGCCUGCAAGUCGGCCUUCCAUGACGGCCCCCUUGACUUCCGAGACUCCAUUUGCUGCAUGUG